GCUAAUGAGCUUUUAAUUUCUGAUACCUGAACUUAGUGCAGAAUGGUGAGAGUGUAUGGUGCUGCAGAUAUCCAAAGGAUGGCUGUCACUAGGAUGAGCAUUUAUCAAAUGUAUCUAGUGGUUUAACACAGAUAAAGUUCCUAUAGUCUCAAUGUAACUAUUGAUUUCCUACAUGAUAAUUGCGUGUCCAUUUUUGGUUCUGGCUAGCUAUAUCACAUCCAUAACUAGUAUAUUCUAGAUAUUGUACACAUGUCCUCCUUGCCUGUUGAAUGUUUGAAUUCUUAUCUACCUACUUGAGUUGCAGCAUUUUAUUUGUUUUGUUAUACUCAUACUUGACAUUUAGAUUAACACAAGAAAUUCCGAGCAUGAGGGAGUAUGGUAGGGAGAUGAAGGCUGGAAGCAACAUGAACUUUUUUGUGCAGAGAAUGGAAAAGAGUUAAAAGGAUUAAGGAGCUAAAGGACCAGAUUCUAUCAAAGAGGAUGAAGGAACAAUUCCUAACUGGCUGGUGGGAGUGACUGGAUAUAAGCAUCAAGAAGAGUGGUGAAACCAGAACCACCUGAAGAAUGUGGUAGUGGAUUCGUGAGGUCAUGGCAUUAUUGUGAAGCUGAAGAGAUUCCGAACAGCACUUAUCUUAGAGAUAAAACCUCAUAUGCUCAUAAGGUCCCUUGUUUUGAGCACAGAAGAGUUUGAGGUAAACCAUUGGCAAAUAUGAUCUUGUGAUGGUGGUGGAUGAUCAGCUAGUCCAAUCAGCUGACAUUUUUUAUUUGGAUGCCUUCUUGACCUAAUACCAUUCCUUCGGAUCAUAUAACUAUCAUGUUGUUGUUAUUAAUGCUUGUAGAUUUUGUACUAUGUGGUUCUUCUGUGUUCAGGACAUUUUUUUCUAAUGAACAGCAUCUGCAAGCAUCGCAAGAGGUGGUGCUGUCAACUUAUCUAAAAUUUCAACUUUCCAUGGUUUUAUGAUUUGCUACUCUCUCAUGUGCUUUGGAUGGUUGGGUGCCUGACUUCUGUACAUGCCAUUGCCAUACUGGUUAGUCCUGCGAAAGUUCAUAACAUUACCCUUAUCACUUAUCCAACUUCUCAUGCUCACAGGCAAUACGGGCACACGAUUAUAAAAAGAAGCAUAUGUUCUCGAUUGGUGAAUGAUGAAGCUCCAGGAGAUCUCUGUAUUGUUCGAAUUGGAUAUGUUGAUUAUGAAUUUGACACUAGUGGUUUCUUGGUAAAAUGACUACUGGGACUCUUUGAGAGUUAUCUUCAAUCAGAAUCUUUGCUACUAAUAUCAACAAUGUGGUUCACAUAUGGCUACAUCAUCAUGGAAAGCUCAACCAAACUGCUUUCAUAUGACUCUUGCAUUCUAGGUCUGUUAUUAUUCUUUUUUUUCUUUCAGUAACUAUUAUGGCAGGUCAAAACUGUUAAUAGCUCAUAUUUGAAGAAUUCUUUCGUUUUUGGUACAGUGUUAACUUGUGAUAUGGCGGUCGAUAUGGUCAAUAUGGUACAGUAUUUGAAGAAUUCUUUCUUCCUGGCGCUAAAUAUGGGUUUUAUUGCAUGAUUGCAUGUGAUAUGUAUGCCAGUUAAUUGGAUGGCUGUUGCUGUCCUUUGAUGACUCAAAGAACCUGCGCGUGAACAGAUCAGUGGGAGCCAUGUAGUCUAAUGCUUUUGGUAUCAGUAGCAUCUCUUCUAUGUUACUUUGUUCUUCACUGCAAGCAGGUUAAUGAUAGCAUGUGGCCACUGGUGAUGUUGAAGUUUCAUCUGUUAUAUCCUAAUCUUAGAGCUUUUCUUUCUCAUUCUGAUUAUUGUGGCCUGAUAUAUCCGAUUCUUAGACCGAGUGAUCUGACCCUUUCUAUUCAUUUAUCACUAGCAGUAAAGAUGUAGGUGUCAAAUAAACAGUUCUCUUCAUAUUAGUGGUAUAGUGCAGUUGGAAGAGAUCUGUCAAUUUAUAUAUUGAUCAUACUAAACCAGAGACACACAACACUAGGGGAACCUACAGGAAACAGACUUGAGUUUGAUACUAGAAGUCAUACUUGGAAAUGAACUUGCUUCUUUGUAUGGAACAAUUAGUCUUUAUAUAGUCUAAUUCAAAUGUUCCCAGCUCAAACACAAUUUUGGUUGCAGUUGUUUCUCUAGCAGGAUCAUUUUCAGCUGCAACAACAGCCUCUCUUGCCAGAAUGCAGGUGAGGAAGAAACUGGUUGUGUACUGGUGUCACAGCUUUUUUUCUAGUUGGUAAAUCUUGUGCCUUCACCCCUCCAAGUUAUUAUCUUUCGCCAUGAAGUUUAACAUCAACAGGACAACGCAAUUUUAGAUCUCUUGACAUAAUACUACAUCUUUCAGUAGUGAAUGCAGGCACUCCACUUUUAUAUUGCUUCACAUGAUGCAUGGUGUCUGAUGUCUCCUAAACUUGCAGUGUGGACUACGGUUGUAUGCAGCCUGGUAAUCAUCAAGGAAAGGACCACCAGAGCAUAUGUUUAUAUAUCCAUAGCUGCUCUUGUCUCAAAUGCUGAUAUGGUUUCUGAUGCAUCAAGAUCUAUCGCCCAGGUACUCAACUUUCUUCCCAUCCUCUUGUUGCUUGUGCCAGUAACUCCAUGAACAAUGAUGAAGUCCUAUUACUUGGUUGAAAUGGCUUCUCAUAAUACUGGCUGCGAGUAAUCCUCUCGGCCAGUAUAAUAAUACUUGCCGACGUUGAUAUCUACCUACCCACGCCACGCAGUCUUUCAACAUCAUCAUCAAACCGGUGGAUGAUGAAGGAUGCCAAGCCAGCAUUUAAAGCCUUCAAAUCAUUUGAGGGUGGCAAGGCAUGCAACUUUGGGAAAAGAGAGACCACCACUGCAGAGUCCGAGGAAGAGAGGAGCCAUGAGAUCGGGGUGCAAGUCUUCCCUCGGCUGCGUGGACGCGCGCGAGCCGGUGAGGGCCAACUACAAGAUCCUUUACAAGUGGCCGGAGUCCGACGUCGAGUUCGUGAAGUCGAUGGCGUCGGGAAGACGAGGCGAGACAGGUGGCCUCGACGGCCACCCCGGCCUUGACGAGAGGCGGAAGCGGAGCGCAGGUCCCAGCGUGGUGGAUAGCUACUCCUGCCGGCAGCUGUACUUGAGGAGCUACACCUUCACCAAGGAGGAGUCGGUCCCGGAGAAGACGAAGCGGUGCUUGAGAAAGGUCAAGGAGACGGCCGCCGCCGUGCCCCUCUUCAGCACCAGGAACACCGAGAAAGGUGGCAGCGUCGACAUGGGUAGCAAGCGGAGGAGGAGGAAGGAGGAAAAGGAGAAUUGCGCGAAUACGAGGAAGCUGAGGGAGAUGACGCACUCCGCGCUGCACGCCGUCUUCCAUCGCCUCCUGUUCUGCACCGCCAGCGUCGACGUGGUGGAUUGAGGGCGACCUGUGCAGGAAGUAGUCGGCUUCUCUGUGUGUGUGUGUGUGUGUGUGUGUGUCCAAGUUCGGUGGUGUCAAGGCCUGAAGAGCAGAAUCCAACAGUCAUCUUCUUCCUUAAACCUUCUUGCAAGCAUAGAGGCCAUGGUUACAUCAAUGUAAUUCCAACAACAUUAAUGCAUAUCUCAAAGUUGUAUAAACUGUGUCUCUUCCAUUUCA